AAUUGCCAAACUUACAGAUAAAAUAUAUUUAGUUUUGACAUCUAAAACCAUGGCGUGGUCUUACCAUUGGAAAUGGAUGCUGUUCUUACUUUGGGUGAUAUAUCCUGGCAGCAAUGGGUCUCACUUUCGCGGGGCUAUGAUUUUCUGGAAGCAGAGUAAGGAUGGCACCGCGAUUGACGUGGACUACCGUGAGUCGUGGCGACGGACGUCCCAGAGUCCCAUGUGUAACGACACCGUCAUUGCCGAACAGUGGAUAACCACGAAUUCAGAGGGCUUCUUAGAGGAACUGGUCACGCCUACCUUCCCCAACCUUUACAGUUUCAACCUUAAUUCUGGUUUCUCUGAGGAGUUUUUGUACACGUGCACUGAUUACAGCCUGCUGGAGGACUGGCAGACAGGAAGGGGCCACAUCCGGUUUCCGCUCAAUUCUACCAACAACAAAUCAUUUUACACAUUUGAGUUUAACGGUUGUUGUUGGAUCGACACGCUGGUAGAGGGGGCCGGCUCGAGCUGGAAGGUCCAGAUGACGGUCAACACGUCCGUCCGUGCAGAUACCGGUCGCAUGAACGCCUCUCCGCGGAUAGACUUCCCACCCCUUGUUCGUUUGAAAUAUGGAUGUAGCCACACUAUAAGACUUCCGGUAAUGGACUCAGACGGUGACGCGGUGCGGUGCCGGUGGGCGCGGCAGACCGAGAGUAAUGGCGUCUCCCGCUCGUUUCCGAGGGCAGUUCUACAUGAGGACAACUGCACGAUCACCUAUAGCGCCCACGAUCAAAAGGGUUGGUAUCCGGUUGCCAUACAGAUAGAGGACUUCAAUCCCCGGGCGGCACCAGGGGCCAUCAGCAGCGUACCGCUCCAGUUCCUUGUAUCCAUCGAGGGAGACCUCACCAACUGCACGGUGUUUGACCACGAGCGCCCCCAGUUUGUAAACUUCACUCUCCCGGAUAUGGCCUGUAUAGGCGUGACCAACCAAUCUGACUUUACCACGGAUAUCUACAUUCAGAGUGGCGCUAAAAACCAAAUAUCUGAAGUGAAGACUGUGUCACCGCUGGGUCUGGUGAAGUCCGCUCUGCAGCAGACGGCGCUUGAUGGCCACUGGCACGUGCAAGUCACAUGGAACCCCGAUCACGCUGACUCCGUCGACAAUGUCUUCUGCUUCACCGCUGUGGACGAUAACGGGAUGUCAAGUGAACAAAGGUGUAUAACUCUGCUAGCUGGAGUUCCAGCAGCGGAGGCGAUUCCCGGCUCCCAAUCGCCCAAUAAUCAAGUGGUCCCUGUCACCCAACACCAGUGGACCGUCGUUUUCAACCGACCCGACCUUGCGCCCACGAGACCAGCUUACAUGUACCUGUACCUCGCAAACGGGACUUUAGUUGAGCAGAUUGACGUCGCGUCCGCUUCCGGUGUGACAUACUCUCACGUGACCAACAACACUCGGCUCCAAUUCCAAACCACCGCCAGGCUGUCCCCCGGGCAACAAUAUUACUUCCUCUUAGGACAAGGUUUGGUGCAAGGAAAAGACUACUGCGGCGCGGACUCGAAACCCGUGAUGGAUCCAACCUUCUGGCGAUUCUCCGUGGAACCGGAGAAAAGUCAAAAUGUAGGGUUUCGGUGUUUUCUCGGACUUGACAGAACUGACUGUGACGGUGUGAUGGCCAGCUGCGCAGAAUCCUGGCAGUUCAGCUCUCCGUGUUCCAGCAACCCGGGCCAUCUUAGGUUUUCUUACCCCGGAGCUGUCAACAAAUUUAUUUUGUGUGACCUUCAGGGCAAGGCUUAUGUCGCUCACUGUCCACCAGGGGAGAUAUUUUCAGAAAUGUGUAGUUCCUGCCAUGACAGCAGUUACACACCCACCAAUUGUUAA